AUAUGAUCAUGUUGAAAGAGUUGCUCGUUGCAGUAGUGAUUGGUGGACUAAUUCUAUUCUUGGUAUGGAGGAGGAGAUUCCAGGUUUUGAAGACAGAGGAUGGCUGGUGGCAGACUGGAGCUCCAUCUGAUCCAAUGGAAAAUGCUACCAUCCAUCCUUUUAAAGUUACCACUUGUGAUGAAGAGCUGGAGGACCUUUACAGGAGAAUAGACCAGACUCGUUCUGUUCCUUCAUUGGAAGACAGCCAGUUUAAUUAUGGCUUUAACUCCAAGUAUCUGCAGAAGGUAGUGUCUUACUGGAGAAAUGACUUUGACUGGAGAAAACAAGUCGAUAAACUCAACCAGUACCCUCACUUUAAAACCAGUAUUGAAGGCAUUGAUAUUCAUUAUGUGCACGUCAAGCCCUUGAAGAUGGCUGAGGGGAAAAAAACCAUACCCCUGAUAAUGGUUCAUGGCUGGCCGGGCUCCUUCUUUGAGUUUUAUGGAUUGAUCCCCUUGUUAACACAGCCAACAGACCCAGAAGACCUUGUUUUUGAGGUGGUGUGUCCCUCCAUACCAGGAUAUGGCUUCUCUGAGGCCCCACAGAAAAAGGGUUUUGACUCGGUUUGUGCGGCACGCAUAUUCCACAAGCUCAUGAAGCGGCUAGGGUUUCAGCACUUCUAUGCACAUGGAGGAGACUGGGGAUGGCUGGUCACCACAAACAUGGCUCAGAUGGAUCCCAAAGCUGUCAAGGGCUUGCAUAUCAAUUUUGCUCCACCCUCCAAACUGGAGCUCCCUGUGGCUUUAUCCAUGGUGCUUGGACGUCGAUUCCCUAAGCUGUUUGGUUUCACGGAAAUAGAUAUCCAGCGUCUCUAUCCCUGCAUGGACAAACUAGUAGUAGAAUCCAUCAAAGAAUCUGGCUAUAUGCACAUUCAGUCCACCAAACCAGACACUGUGGGGAGAGGGCUGAACGACUCUCCAGUAGGUCUUGCUGCUUACAUCCUGGAGAAAUUCUCCACGUGGACAAACCGUGAUUUCAGGAACCUUGACGAUGGGGGACUCACUAGGAAGUUCUCUCUGAAUGACUUGCUGACUAAUGUGAUGAUCUAUUGGACAUCUGGUUGCAUCAUCUCCUCCAUGAGGUUCUACAAGGAAAAUUUUGGGAAAGGUCUGAACCAGCCCCAUGCGAAGAUACCAGUAUAUGUCCCAACUGGCUUUGCCUGUUUCCCUAAUGAGCUGAUGCAUACGCCUAGGCUAUGGGUUAAACAGAAGUAUCGUAAACUCAUUUCGUUUACUCACAUGGCCCGUGGUGGGCAUUUUGCUGCCAUGGAAGAGCCCCAUUUGUUGGCAGAAGAUAUUCAGAAGUUCACAAAAAUGGUUGAGAAUAAGAAUUAU